AUGCCGUGUCGACGCUCGCAUAAGAAAUCGCGAAAUGGCUGUAACGAGUGUAAGAAAAGACGCGUUAAGUGUGAUGAACAGGUGCCGAAAUGUACAUUCUGCAAUUCACGCCAGUUCAAGUGCGUAUAUACACGCUUAUCCCCUCGGGGCCAAAUACAAGAGGGCCAUCUUCAAGAUCCCAGCCACCAGAAUCAGCAUGAGCUUUCUAGCGCAAGAGAAAAGGGGGCGUUACAGCUCGACACAAGACUUGUAGAAGCAAAUCUACUACACCAUUAUUAUACCGACACCAGCAUGACACAAUCAGACAAAAACGACUCCAGUUACCAAUUUUGGCAUUUUACCGUACCCAAAAUUGCUACGAGGGAGUCGUUUGCGCUGGAUAGUAUUCUGGCAUUCACUGCCCUUCACAUGGCGUAUAGUGAAUCCAACCAAAGGAGUUUCUGGAUUACGACUGGUUUGAGCUAUAAUGAUAGAGCCUGCUCGAAGCUGUCGAAAAUGGUCGGUCGCAUGUCCGCGGCUACUUUGGAAUCAGCGCUAGUAUGCUCUAUCUUUAUCACACUCUUUGUGAUUGCGCGCCAUCAGUUCUCGGCCCCAUCGAGUUAUCUGUGUGAAGCUAUGAGCAUUAAAGGUCUUAUCCAAGGCUGUGCUAUCUUUUAUGAUAAAGCUAAAUUACUUGAACCGCGCCAUGCCUCCUCAGCAAAUACAGCUAGAGAGAGCGGGAGCUCUAAGCAUAUCUCGCCGAAUAUCAGCAGAGAACAGCACGCAGAUUCAAGACUACACUAG